CUUUCUCGGCCGCUCUUCUCCCAGAGACAGGCCAUGUUCAGCAGCAGCGCCAAAAUCGUGAAGCCUAAUGGCGAAAAGCCAGACGAAUUCGAGUCUGGCAUUUCCCAGGCUCUUCUGGAGUUAGAAAUGAAUUCUGACCUGAAGGCUCAGUUACGAGAACUGAACAUUACAGCUGCUAAGGAAAUUGAAGUUGGCAGUGGCAGAAAAGCAAUCAUUAUCUUUGUGCCAGUCCCCCAACUAAAGUCUUUUCAAAAGAUACAAGUGCGACUAGUUCGAGAGCUUGAAAAAAAAUUCAGUGGUAAACACGUUGUCUUCAUUGCACAGAGGAGAAUUUUGCCAAAGCCAACCAGGAAAAGUAGAAACAAGAACAAACAGAAGCGUCCCAGAAGCCGUACAUUGACUGCAGUGCAUGAUGCCAUUCUUGAAGACUUGGUUUUCCCCAGUGAAAUUGUGGGCAAGAGAAUUCGUGUGAAACUGGAUGGUACAAGGCUAAUCAAAGUACAUUUGGACAAAGCACAACAGAACAAUGUAGAACACAAAGUGGAUACAUUUUCAGCUGUCUACAAGAAGCUAACUGGCAAGGAUGUUGUAUAUGAAUUCCCAGAGUUCCAACUGUAAAUUGUAAAGAAUGGCCUGAAUAAAAAAAAGUCAAUACUG